AGCAUACACUCACGCACCGCAAGAAAUAAUGCUCUUUACAUUUGUCAUAGUUGCGUUGGGUGAAUCAGAACGAGUACCUUUGAUCGGUCGAAACUAAGGUCAUUUUCAUUGUCAGCCCAAAAUUUACGUUCGCAGGACAAACUAUUCUGCUCCUUAGCAUACUGAUACAUAGUCAUUUGACGGUUUUCAACUGCAGAUUUAUAGUAAGUUAGUAAGUAGCCUACACCAUGCCUAUCGUCGAAUUCGUCACCAAUGUCCCCGUCGACCAGUUCCCCGAGGGAUUCGUGGCCCGUGCCGCUACUAAAGUAUCUGAAGUGCUUGGAAAACCACUUCCAGCUAUUUCAAUCUCCUUACGUCACGAGGCCAUGUUUCGAAUGGGGAGCGACGCCCCUUGUCUCAUGAUUUUCGCCGCCAGUGUCGACAACUUCACUGACCAAGAGGACAAUAGGAAGUAUUCAAAGGAGCUCAUCGACUUCGCCGCUGCUGAGUUCAACGUCCCAAUCGAAAGAAUCAACCUGAUAAUGCAGACGCUGUCUCGGUGGCAGAUCGGACUUCCAGGUGGCGUGCUUCUCGGUGACAGGAUGAAACAAGCCAAAUGAAGACC